AACAAGGUCGGUUAGUUCUCCUGAAGAUAUCUUCCUCGUAGGUGCUGCGUCAGAAAGUGGCGGCUUCAAUUUUCCACGGCGAGUUAUAAUAUACAUUACGUAACUUAUAGGAGGAGGAGAAGCCGCUUUUGAAGAAAAAAUAGGACCGGGCACUAAAAUAGAUUAACGGACGUCAACGUUUUACCGACUCCUCCCGAUUAUAUUCUUUCCGUUACGAAUCCUAGCUACUCGAUAUUCAUCACUCCUAAGGCCGACGCGUGCAAUUGCCAUCCUUCCAUUGCCCCCCCCCCCCCCCCCCCCCCCCCCCCCCUCCUCCUCCUCCUCUCUCUCUCUCAAGAUUCUUGGCAUCGCUUGCUUUCACAAUCAUCCCUUGGGCUGUCCUCAAAACAUUCUUGGAUUCUCAGAGAGAUAAAACAAGGUCAUUGCAAGGGUCAAGAGCUCCUUUUGGGUCUAAUAUGUGCAAAUGAAAACAUAUGAGCUAGAUCCUGAUGUUACUCGGUGGGGUCUCAAUCAACUAGAUGUUUGCACCCUUACAAAUAGCGGUUAUUGUAGUACCAUCACUCAAUAUGACCAAGAUUUGAGUCAAGUUGAGUAUGUCAGAGAAGGUUUUUCUGAGAAUGCUCAUGUGGAGAAUGAUGAGGCUGUAGCACGUGCUCUUCAAGAAGAAUUUACACGAAUCGAUUCUUUUGAAGUUUCUGGAUUAUCUAAUGCCAUGGAAGAGCAUUUGCAAGCAUCUGUUCUUGCACAGGAUUGGCUUGGUCCUUCAGAAAGACAUCACAGUUCUGGGCAUGAAAAUGAUAAGAAAGCAGCAGAUAAUCCUGGCAGAAAGACGGAGGAUGCAGAUUCCAGAAUAAACAUAAUAGAAAAGACUGAUGAUCAUAGGGCAACUGAAAAUGAUGUAGCGGCUGAAAUUGAAAUUUUCGGCUCAUGCUCUAGCCCACGAGAACAAUCAUCAAAUGUGGAGGACCUGUUGCAUACAUGGGACAUAACAGAUGAGUUUGCUCUGGAUGGUGAAGUAGGCAAAAGAUUUAAUCAGAUGGUUCCUGUUCCUCAUGUUCCUAAAACAAAUGAGAAAAUACCCUCUGUUGACGAAGAAAUAUCAGAUCACCAAAGGCUGCUAGAGAGACUGCAGUUAUAUGAGCUGAUUGAGCUUAAGGUUCAAGGAGAUGGUAACUGUCAGUUUCGUGCUUUAUCUGAUCAACUGUAUCGUUCUCCUGGGCACCAUGAUUUUGUAAGAGAACAGAUCAUUCGACAGCUUAAGUCUCACCCGGGAAUAUAUGAGGGUUAUGUCCCCAUGGCCUACCAGGACUAUUUGAAGAAAAUGAGCAAGAGUGGUGAAUGGGGUGACCAUGUGACAUUGCAAGCUGCUGCAGAUUGGUAUGGUGUCAAGAUAUUUGUGCUAACUUCAUUUAAGGACACAUGCUAUAUUGAGAUCCUUCCACAUAUCCAGAAGUCCAACCGAGUUAUUUUCUUGAGCUUUUGGGCUGAGGUGCAUUACAAUUCAAUUUAUCCGGAAGGAGCUUUAAGCUUGUAUUCAGCAUUUGGCCGGAUUUAUUCUAUCCUUAGUCUUCACUUGCAAAGCCCCACUUGCCUUCGGAGGAAUGAGUAAAGGUAAAAUUACCAAAAUAACAGUUAAGGUCUAUGUUUAACUUCUCUAAUCGACUAGUUCAGCUCCAAGUUGACCCACUGUCAUGACGGGACAUACUGCAAGAUUAAGUUUUGAAUCAAAGGUAUUUUGGGACAACCUUUACACCAGCAUGCAAAUGGAGUUGGAAGCUUUUUUUUUUUUCAAAUUAGACUGCUAGAUAAAGAUGGUAAAUACUGGAAUAUACAAGUACUGUAGGAGAGCUAGAGAUAGAGGAACUGGCAGAAAAGGCAAGGGAAUUGAGUGCAAGCGUGUAUCAAGCCUUCUAUUUGAUAUAGACAACUCAUUGUUAAGGAGCAAUGCCUUACUGAAUUUCUAUCUAUAUGUUUUCUCCAGUUACCUAGCCCCUAAAAUCUGAACUUCAAAGUCUCGAGAUGCUGAACAACACAUUCCUUAGCUAUAUCCUUAAUUUGCGUAUGCAUUGGACGGAGGCAUCUGGGAAUGUAGGGACCAAGUAAAGAGAAACGGUGGCUGAAUUUGUGACUAAAAUUAUUAAUAAAACGAACAUUAUAAAGAAAAACUAAUGAUUAUGCAAACAGCUAUUGAAAAAGGUUUGCAGAGAUUAUAAACAUUAUUGAUGAUAGAACAGAGCCAAGAUAAGGCCCUACAUCUUAAAUUACCGUUGGCAUUAAACUAGAUCAAUCAUAUUUAUUAUCAACAUUUGCAAAGUUUUAAUGAUUUUAAUUUGCUGUGUUGUCUCGUGUCUAGAUCUACCUCCAUCCAUGAAGAAGAAGAAGAAAUGGUGGAGUUUUGGAAGCCUAAUCAGCUCGUGAUGGUGUUUAGGUGGGUUUCUCGUUUUGGGUGACUGCUGGUGCUGCGCGUCCGAUUCUUUUGUACAUAUUACGUUAUAUUUGAUUGAUUUUAAGGUCCUUUGGUCGGAGGACCCUUUAAUUUGUUUAUGAUGCAUUUAGAAGAGGGGGUUUUCGAACACCUCCAUUUUAGAGAUUGGGAGUUGUGCCAAUCAGAUUAUAGGCCUUUGGCAUAUGGGCCCCUUUGGAAGAAGGGGUUUUCGAACACCUCUAUUUUGAAGGUUGGGAGCUAUGCCAAUCAGAUCAUAAGCCUUUUGGCAUAUGGCCCUACAAUGUAUGUGUAUAUAUAUUAUAUCAAUCAUUUUUGUAUGUCAGUUUAAUUAAUGUUAUUUUUCAUUAGCAUUUAA